AAUGAAAAUGUGUUGAUGGGGGAUGUCCAGGAGGACCUCCAAGUAAGACAUACUCCUUAUAACACCUGACGCAACAAGAGGAGAGUGAAAUGGCAUAACGAAGGCCAUAUCCAUAUUACUCUGUGGAGAUAUAGAAAAAAUCUGAAGAGAGAAGUGGAAGAGGACACACAAGAUGGAAUGUCGGGGAGCUGGUUCAAGAUCACCAUUCCCUAUGGGAGAAAGUAUGACAAGGCAUGGCUAAUGAAUUCAAUCCAGAGACACUGCAGUGUCCCCUUCGUUCCAGUGGAUUUCCACUACAUUAAAAACCAGGCCCGGUUCUUUGUCCAGGAAGUUUGCACUGCCUCUGCAUUGAAGGAUGUAAGCUACAAGAUUUGUGACGAGGAGAACCGGAAGAUAUCUAUCUUUGUCAAUCCCUCAAGUGUACCCUACUCUGUGCGGUACAAGUUGGAGCCAGAAGAAAUGGAACAGCUAAAGCUGACCAUGAACAAACGCUUUGAUGUCUCCCAGCAAGCUCUUGAUCUCCAGAGUCUCCGCUUUGACCCAGAUUUGGUGGACCAUGAUAUUGAUAUAAUCCUGAAUCGAAGAAACUGCAUGGCUGCCACCCUACAGAUCACUGAAGAGAAUUUCCCUGAGCUAUUGUCUUUGAACUUGAGCAACAACAAACUAUGGCUGGAUGGCCUGUCUGACAUUAUAGAGAAGGCCCGAGUCAAGAUUCUGAACCUCUCCAAAAAUGAGCUGAACUUGGUGUGGGAGUUAAACACGAUGAAAGGGCUGAAUCUUGAAGAGCUUUGGCUAGAAGGAAACCCCUUGUGUGAUACCUUUCCAGACAAGUCCACCUACAUAAGUGCCAUCAGGGAUUGUUUUCCCAAGCUGUUACGCCUGGAUGGCCAGGACUUAACCCCACCAGAUAUCAUUGAUACUGACAUGCCAUAUUCAACACAGCCCUCCAAAGAAAGCUACAAAGGAUCUGAGGAACUGAAAAAUCUAGUCUUGCAAUUCCUGCAGCGGUACUACUUGAUCUAUGACUCUGGAAACCAUCAGGGUCUCCUCGGUGCCUACCAUGAUGAGGCCUGCUUCUCCCUGGCCAUUUCCUUCAAGCCCAAAGACCCAGUGCCAAGCAACUUGUGCGAGUACUUCAAGGAAAACAGGAAUAUGAAGAAUCUCAAGGACUUCUCCCUGUGUGUUCAGCUGCUGAAGCAUACAAAAUAUGACAUCCUGUGCUCCCUCUAUGUGCUUCCCAAAACACAGCAUGACCUCAGCUCCUUCAUGGUGGACAUGUGGUUCCAGAUGGAGAAGAUGAUCUGCUUCUCUGUCAGUGGGGUGUUCAAGGAAGUGGAAGGAAAGUCUCAGGGUUUCGUUCGUGCCUUCACCCGGAACUUCAUCGCUACCCCUGUCAGUGAUUCCACUCUGUGCAUCGUGAAUGAUGAGCUGUUUGUGAGAGAUGCCACCCCCAAUGAGAUUCAGAGUGUGUUUUCCAAACAAGAGCCUACACUGACCUCCAGCUCCAUGGUCACCCUCUCCCAGGAGCAGCAGGAAAUUGUACAGGCUUUCUCCACUCAAUCUGGGAUGAAACUCGAGUGGUCUCAGAAGUGCCUACAGGAAAAUGAGUGGAACUACACCAGAGCUGGUCAGAUCUUCACUGUGUUCAAGCCUAUGCCCAUGCCCAUGACUGGGAAAAGAGGCCUGACUGACCAAGAAGCCAAAGUUACGUUCCAGGCCAGGUGA